GACCUUUAAGCCAGAAGGAAGACUAAAGAAGACUCAACAGCUACAGAGACUUUGAGAAACUUUCAGACAGCUGUGCUCUAUUUUGCAAAUCAGUGGCUGAAAGCUCUCACCAUGAGAAUAGGUAUUUUAGCAUUUAUGGUUCUUGGCACCUGCACUUUAAGUGCAUGGUGCCACCCAAUUAAACCCAAGUUUGUGGUCUUCCCUGGAGAUGUACUCAAAAACAUGACAGACACAGAUUUGGCUCAGAGCUACCUGAAGCGAUUUGGGUAUAUGGAGAUACUGGAUAAGAGUGGACACCAGGGAUCAGUGUCUACUUCCAAAGCUCUGAAGAGGCUGCAGAAUCAGUUGGGUCUAAAAGAGACUGGCCAUCUGGAUCAAUCCACAAUGGAGGCCAUGAAGAAGCCACGCUGUGGUGUUCCGGACGUCCGCAACUACCAGACAUUUGAAGGAGACCUGAAGUGGGAUCACAAUGACGUUACAUACAGGAUUCUGAACUACUCACCAGACUUAGACGCGUCUAUUAUUGACGAUGCCUUUGCCCGAGCCUUUAAUGUGUGGAGUGAUGUCACACCUCUAACUUUCACACGUCUCUAUGAUGGCACUGCUGACAUUAUGAUCUCAUUUGGGAAAAAGAAUCAUGGAGAUCCCUACCCAUUUGAUGGGAAAGAUGGUCUGCUGGCACAUGCCUAUCCCCCUGGUGAAGGGAUACAGGGAGAUGCUCACUUUGAUGAUGAUGAAUACUGGACCCUUGGCAGUGGACCAGCGAUCAAGACCUAUUAUGGCAAUGCAGAUGGCGCCAUGUGUCAUUUCCCUUUCCAGUUUGAGGGGAAGUCGUAUUCCACUUGCACCUCUGAAGGUCGUGAUGAUGGCCUGCCAUGGUGCGCAACGACUGCUGAUUAUGGCAAAGAUAAAAAAUAUGGUUUCUGCCCUAGCGAGCUUCUGUUCACGUAUGAUGGGAAUAGUGAUGGUGCAGCUUGUGUCUUUCCAUUUGUAUUUGAGGGGAAAACAUACACUAGCUGUACCACUGACGGACGUAAUGAUGAGUAUCGUUGGUGCGCCACUACGGCCAGCUUUGACCAGGACAAGAAAUAUGGGUUCUGUCCUAACAGAGAUACUGCUGUGAUUGGUGGAAACUCUGAGGGGGACCCAUGUCACUUUCCUUUCACCUUCCUGGGAAAAACCUACAGUUCCUGCACAAGUGAAGGCCGCAGUGAUGGAAAACUGUGGUGUGCCACAACCAGCAGCUAUGACAAGGACAAUAAAUGGGGCUUUUGCCCAGAUAAGGGUUACAGUCUGUUCCUGGUAGCAGCCCAUGAGUUUGGACAUGCCCUUGGUCUGGAACAUUCCAACAUUCAGGAUGCUUUGAUGUACCCAAUGUACAAAUAUAUAGCUGACUUUUCUUUAAAUCAGGAUGACAUUGAUGGCAUCCAGUAUCUCUAUGGACCCAAAACAGGCCCAAAACCUACCCCACCCAAACCAUCAACCACUACAUCUUCCCCAGCAACCAAACCCACUAAGCAAACACCUAAGACUACUCCAUCCUCAAGAUCCACCACAACUGCACCUGUGUAUACGCCUGUGGAACCCUCAGUUGAUCCUUGCUCGGUGGACAAAUUCGAUCUUAUCACAGAGAUCCAAGGGGAGCUUCAUUUCUUCAAAGAUGGGUACUACUGGAAGUCCGUAAGUGGUGCCAAUGAGGAUCGCAAAGGCCCAUUCCUGGUCUCAGAGAGAUGGCCUAACCUGCCAACUAAGCUUGACACUGCUUUUGAGGAUCCCCUUACUAAUAAGGUUUACUUCUUCACAGGCACUCAGUUCUGGGUGUUCACUGGACAGGAUGCAAUGGGACCACGAAGAAUUGAGAAACUUGGCUUACCGGAUAGCUUGAAGAAGGUUGAAGGAGCAUUGCAGAGGGGAAAAGCCAAAGUGCUGCUUUUUAGUGGGGAGGAAUACUGGAGGCUGGAUCUGAAGACCCAGCAGAUAGAUAAAGGAUACCCCCGCCACAUUGACAUGACCUUUGGUGGUGUUCCAAUGGAUGCUCAUGAUGUGUUCCUCUAUAAUGGACAUUAUUACUUCUGUCGAGAUGUUUACUACUGGAGAAUGACCAGCAGACGACAGGUUGACAGAGUUGGAUACGUCUAUGAACUCCUGAAUUGUCCCAACUACCGAAUCUGAUUUCAUCAGAUUAAAGAUUUCUAAUGAUAAGAAAAGCACAUCAAA